UUUUUUUAAUCGGGAUCUACGAGAUUGGACAUGUGCAUUCACAAACAAACAUGGCCGACACCACAACAGCUCUCACCGUCGGUGGAAACCGAACAACAGGACAGACAGUUAGAACACAGAAUGUAAAUGCAGCAUGUGCCAUAGCCAACAUUGUGAAGUCCAGUUUAGGACCAGUGGGUCUGGACAAAAUGUUAGUGGAUGAUAUUGGGGAUGUGACCAUUACAAAUGAUGGAGCUACAAUAUUGAAGUUAUUAGAGGUAGAACACCCAGCAGCCAAAGUACUGGUAGAGUUGGCUGAUCUACAGGACCAGGAAGUAGGAGAUGGUACAACCUCUGUGGUAAUUAUUGCUGCUGAGUUGUUGAAGAAUGCUGAUGAACUUGUUAACUGUAAAAUCCAUCCUACCUCCAUCAUCAGUGGAUACAGACUGGCAUGCAAAGAAGCCUGUAAAUACAUACAAGAACACAUGACAAUAAAUGUAGAGGAGUUGGGAAGAGAAUGUAUAAUUAGUGCAGCAAAAACCAGCAUGUCCAGUAAAAUCAUUGGACCUGAAAUGGAAUUCUUUUCUAACAUGGUUGUUGAUGCUGCCAUGGCAAUUAAAACAUCUGAUGGCAAAGGGGGUCACAGAUACCCAAUCAAGGCUGUCAAUGUACUGAAGGCUCAUGGGAAGAGUUUGAAAGAAAGCUCACUUGUUCAUGGAUAUGCUUUAAACUGUACAGUUGCCUCACAAGCAAUGGUAAAGAAAAUAACUGGAGCAAAAAUAGCUUGUUUAGACUUCGGUUUAAUGAAAGCUAAGAUGAAGAUGGGUAUUCAAGUAUUAAUAGAAAAUCCAGAGCAGUUAGAUGGUGUCCGUCAGAGAGAAUGUGAUAUAACAAAGGAAAGAAUAGAAAAGAUUUUAUCAUCGGGAGCCAAUGUUAUCCUUACUACUGGUGGUAUAGAUGAUCUCUGUCUUAAAUACUUUGUGGAGGCCGGAGCAAUGGCCGUCAGGAGAUGUAAAAAGGCAGACUUAAAAAGAAUUGCUAAAGCUACAGGAGGUCAAUUAGUAUCAACAUUAGCUAACUUAGAAGGAGAGGAAUCCUUUGAUGCUGCUUUCCUGGGUCAGGCUGAAGAAGUUUGUCAAGAAAGAGUCUGUGAUGAUGAAUUAUGUCUCAUUAAAGGACCAAAGGCCAGAACAGCUGCGUCUAUUAUACUGAGAGGAGCUAAUGACUUCAUGGUUGAUGAGAUGGAACGAUCUGUCCAUGAUGCCCUGUGUGUAGUGAAGCGUGUCCUAGAGUCCAAGACUGUAGUCCCCGGUGGCGGUGCUGUGGAGGCUGCUCUGUCUAUCUACCUAGAAAACUUUGCUACUUCUUUAGGUUCAAGGGAACAAUUAGCUAUAGCAGAAUUUGCUAGAUCAUUGUUAGUGAUACCUAAACAGCUGGCAGUUAAUGCAGCCCAGGACUCCACAGAUCUUGUAGCUAAACUCCGAGCCUUCCACAACAAAUCACAAACCACUAAAGAACAUAAAGACCUCAGAUGGGUUGGUUUAGAUCUGUAUGAAGGUACUGUCCGUGACAACAAGAAAGCUGGUGUUUUAGAACCCGCCAUUUCUAAGAUCAAAUCUCUCAAGUUCGCUACAGAAGCUGCUAUUACCAUUCUGAGAAUCGAUGACAUGAUCAAAUUAGAGAAAGAAGGCGGUCAGGGAGGAGGCAGUGCUUAUGAACAGGCUCUACGAUCUGGACAACUCGGAUAGUUAUUUAUUUAUAGAUUUAUGACAAUUAUUUUACACAGUAUGAUUGUAAUAUUCAAAUCUCCUGAAUGCUCAAGUAUGUUACUCCAAAUACUUGUAAGUGCUGAUAAGACCCGGAAGAAAAAUUGUAAUAUAUAAGUUAUUAUUGUACUUGAGGUUUUUUUUGGGGUCACACCUGAUAAUGUGGGAAAUGGGAGGGUCAAAAGACAGACAACACAAUAAAUGUUGACUCUGUAAUUAUUUAUAUUAAAAUUUCAUUACUGACACUUCAAUCUGUUAUGGUUAACUUUAAUGAUAUUUAAUUUCAAUUGAAACUAUAAAUUUUAUAGCAUACAUUUAGAACUUGAAGAAAAGGGAGAAGCAUUUAAUCUGAGCAUUGAAUUA